AUGUCGGAUAUCGAGACCCCGCCGCUGUCGGAAGGCGGCCACCCUGCGGGUAAAAAGCAGAAUGAAACCCGGCGUGUCGCCUUCUCGGAUGUCUCCGAGUGCUCUUCGGUCCCGGGUACCUACCCUAGGAAGAAGUCAAGAAAGUGCUGCAGAAGCGGCGGGUCCUGCUGCUUCAUCUGCUGCGCCUGGGCGUGCCUCGGCGUGGUCGCGGUGAUCCUAGGCCUCCUAGUCCUGGGAGUCUGGUUCGUGUCGUUUGUCAAGUCCGACCUGCCUGAGGUGCGGGUCCACAGCCUGUCCUUUCCAGGCCUGCGCGUUGCCAAUUUGUCCAAGGAGACCCGGCUGGACACAGGCGUCGACCUGCGUCUCAACUUCACCAACAAAAACUCGAAGGUUGGCAUCUCGUACGAAAAGAUGACCGCAGAAAUUUCUGUGGAGGAAAUCAGGAUAGGGCGCGCGCAUGUUUCCGGGUUCUUACAGGAACCGAGGAGCCGGUCCAUACUCAAAAUUGCGACUCAAGCCACCCGCUCCGUAAUUCCCAAGGACGACGGGCAAGAUCUGCCAUCGAAUGCGAAGGGCAAAGCGAUAGUUCUCGAUGUGGUUUUGAACGGGAUGUUAGGACUCAACUUUGGAAGUUUCAAGUUGCAUCGAUUGCCGUUCGUAAUAAAAUGCACCGACCUCAAGCAAGCUGAGGUCGACAUAGGGGUGGAGCCCCGGUGCGGCAUUAGGAUUUUCGCCUUCAAGUGA